CUCUCCAUCCACGAGACCGAGGAUCCCAACGACAACCGGUACCUGCUGGUGAUGAAGGGCGCUCCCGAGCGCAUCCUGGACCGCUGCUCCACCAUCCUGCUGCAGGGCAAGGAGCAGCCGCUGGAUGAGGAGAUGAAGGAAGCGUUCCAGAACGCCUACCUGGAGCUGGGCGGGCUCGGGGAGAGGGUGCUCGGAUUUUGCCACUUUUACCUGCCGGAGGAGCAGUACCCCAAAGGUUUCGCCUUCGACUGCGACGACGUCAACUUCGCCACCGACAACCUUUGCUUCGUGGGGCUCAUGUCCAUGAUCGACCCGCCCCGCGCCGCCGUGCCCGACGCCGUGGGGAAAUGCCGCAGUGCCGGCAUCAAGGUGAUCAUGGUGACCGGGGACCACCCAAUCACGGCCAAGGCCAUCGCCAAAGGUGUCGGGAUCAUCUCCGAGGGCAACGAGACCGUGGAGGACAUCGCGGCCCGGCUCAACAUCCCUGUCAGCCAGGUGAACCCCAGGGACGCCAAGGCGUGCGUGAUCCACGGCACGGACCUGAAGGACAUGAGCUCGGAGCAGAUCGAUGAGAUCCUGCAGAACCACACCGAGAUCGUCUUCGCCCGCACCUCCCCCCAGCAAAAGCUCAUCAUCGUCGAGGGCUGCCAGAGACAGGUGGGGGGCACCCCAAAACCGGCCCCGGGACCCCAAAACCGGCCCCGGGACCCCAAAACCGGCCCCGGGACCCCAAUGGGGGUGGAAUCGGGGGGUUUUGGGGCGAAAUCGGGGGCUUUUGGGGGCGUCGGUGACGCUCGGUGUGCCCCCCUGGCAGGGAGGUUGAUUUUUGAUAACCUGAAGAAGUCGAUCGCCUACACGCUGACCAGCAACAUCCCCGAGAUCACCCCGUUCCUGCUCUUCAUCAUCGCCAACAUCCCGCUGCCCCUGGGCACCGUCACCAUCCUCUGCAUCGACCUGGGCACCGACAUGGUCCCGGCCAUCUCGCUGGCCUACGAGGCGGCCGAGAGCGACAUCAUGAAACGGCAGCCGCGCAACCCCCGCUCCGACAAGCUGGUCAACGAGCGCCUCAUCAGCAUGGCCUACGGCCAGAUCGGGAUGAUCCAGGCUCUGGGCGGGUUCUUCACGUACUUCGUGAUCCUGGCGGAGAACGGCUUCCUGCCCUCGUGCCUGGUGGGGAUCCGGCUGCGCUGGGACGACCGCACCAUCAACGACCUGGAGGACUCCUACGGCCAGCAGUGGGUGCGUCCCCAAAAAAAAACGGGAUCCCCAAAAAACCGGGAUCCCCAAAAAACCGGGCUCCUCAAAAAGUCGGGGGUCUCCAAAAAACCGGGGUCUCCAAAAACGCGGCGGCCGCUGCGCUCCGCUGACCCCCCCGGCACCGGGAUCCGAACCGGCACCGGCACCGGGAACCGGCACCGGCCCCGGGAACCGGCACCGGCACCGGGACCCACCCCGGGAUCGGAACCGGGACCCACCCCGGGAACCGGCACCGGCAACCGGCACCCGCACCGGGAACCGGCACCGGGAUCGGAACCGGGAACCGGCACCAGGAACCGGCACCGGGAACCGGGUUCGGGAUCGGAACUGGGACCCUCCCCCGGCACCGGCACCAGGAACCGGGAUCGGAACCGGGACCGGCACUGGGAUCGGAACCGGGACCAGGACUCACCCCGGGACCCCCCGGGACCCCCUCAGGACCGGGACCGGGACAGGGACGCCCCUCAGAGCCCCCGGCACCGACACCGGGACUAUUCCCGGUCCCGCCCCCCCCCGACACCGGCACCGCCCCCCCUCACCGGGACCCCCCCUGAGCCCCCCUGGGGGUCGGAGUGGCCGGAGGGGGCGGGGCCACCUCCCCCCCAAUUAAUCAGCGCAGGGUAA